CGGGAUGAGAGGCUCUUCCUGUACGUGUGCACGCACGGCGCGCGCGACUGCAGAUGCGGGGAUAGCGGCGGAGACGUCGCGCGUGCCUUGCGCAGGGAGGUCGCGAGCCGGCGGGGGCUCGCCGAGCGCGUCUCCGUGGGCGAGGUCGCGCACGUCGGGGGCCACAAGUACGCGGCGAACGUCCUGGUGUACCCAUAUGGCGAAUGGCUGGGAACGGUGCAAGAGUGCGACGUCCCCCGACUCCUCGACGAGCUCCUCGCCUGGCACGCCGCGCACCGGCACGUCGCCUCGCCGCACGACCGCCCGCCGCUCUGCCCGCCGUUCUGGCGCGGGCGGAUGGGCCUCGACAAGGAGGAGCAGAUCGCGCUGCAUGCGAGGCGCGGUUCAGGUCAAUGA